CUUGACUCCCGUCCGUCACUCAGCCCCAAUCACCAUGAACAUCGCUCAACUCUACACCUACCCCAUCAAGUCGCUGCGCGGCAUAUCCACGCCCGAGGCAACCCUCACCCCGUCCGGCUUCCAAUAUGACCGGCGAUUCAUGCUGCUCAGGGUCAAGGCCGACGGCUCCCUCGAGAACAUGCACGUCUCGCGCUUCCCGCAGAUGACGCUCUUCCACACGGCCAUCACGCCGCCGUCGCCGUUGGCCGAGUCCGAGCGCGGCAGCAACGGCGCCAUCACCGUGACCUUCAGGCCGCCCGACGGCGACCCUGCAAGCGUCGACGUGCCGCUGCACCCGGCCACCGACGACGCGCCCCUGCUCGACGUCGUGAUGCACCAGAGCCCGACCAGCGCCUUUGACAUGGGCCCCGCCCUCAACGGCUGGUUCUCGCGCUGCUUUGGCUUCGACGUCGUGCUCGCCUACCUGGGCCAUCACCGUCGCCCCGUCCUGAUGUCGCGUCCGCAGAGCACGUCGUCGUCGUGGUUGUCCUCGCUCGCGAGCAGCGUGCCCUCCCUGCUCGGCGGUAACAGCGGCGCCGACACCGCUGCCAAAGACGACGGCAUCACCUUCGCCGACUGCGCGCCCGUGCUCGUCGUGUCAGCGACGUCGCUGGCGGACGUGUCGGCGCGGCUGCCCUCCGCCGAGCGGCCCAUGGACGUGACCAAGUUCCGGCCGAACAUUGUCGUGUCGGGCGCGGGCGCGGCAUGGGAAGAGGAUCUCUGGGGCGAGAUCGCGACGGGCAGCGGCGUGCGCUUCAGCCUGCCGCACAACUGCUUCCGCUGCGCCAGCGUCAACGUCGACUACGCGACGGGCAAGCCCGGCGCCGGCGAGUCGGGCCAGGUGCUCAAGAAGCUGCAGAAGGACCGCCGCAUCGACUCGGGCGCCAAAUGGAGCCCGGUGUUUGGCCGCUACGGCUUCCCGGGCCCGGCCGACGCGGGCAAGACGCUGCGCGUGGGCGACGAGGUGCGCGUCGUCAAGCGCAACGCCGACGUGACCAAGUUUGAUUGGCCCGGCCUCAGCAGCUUCUAGGCGAGCUUGCUGCGGAUGUUAGAAUUAGAGAUAGAGAUGCAUUGCUAGAGAUGAAGGAAACGAAACAUUCAUGCCUACCUGACCGACUAAUUUACCUACCUACG